AAAGUCUUGAGGAUCGUUUCCUCCGGAAGACAUUGCCGGUACACCUUACCAAUGUGAAGCCGCUGCUUUCGGUUUUCACUUCCUGGAUCGGUCGUAUCAUAUCAUCAAGCCGGCUAGAGGUGAAUGUGCUGGGUGACGGAGCAGCGAAAAUGGUCCACGCAGAAGCCUUUUCUCGCCCUUUGAGCAGAAAUGAAGUUGUGGGCCUCAUCUUCAGGUUGACAAUAUUUGGAGCUGUCACCUAUUUUACCAUUAAAUGGAUGGUAGAUGCCAUCGAUCCCACCAGGAAACAAAAGCUUGAAGCCCAGAAGCAGGCCGAGAAGCUGAUGAGACAGAUUGGGGUGAAGAACGUAAAGCUAACAGAAUAUGAAAUGAGCAUCGCCGCCCAUCUUGUCGAUCCACUCAGUAUGCAGGUGACGUGGAGUGACAUUGCUGGCCUGGAUGAUGUGAUCACAGACCUGAAAGAUACAGUUAUUCUCCCAAUAAGAAAGAAACAUUUAUUUGAGAACUCAAGACUUCUUCAGCCUCCUAAAGGUGUGCUGCUUUAUGGACCACCAGGAUGUGGGAAGACUCUUAUUGCUAAAGCAACUGCCAAAGAAGCCGGGUGUCGCUUCAUAAACCUGCAGCCAUCUACUCUGACUGACAAGUGGUAUGGAGAGUCCCAGAAACUCGCUGCCGCUGUCUUCUCCUUGGCUGUAAAACUACAACCGUCCAUCAUUUUUAUUGAUGAAAUUGAUUCUUUCCUUCGGAGCCGUUCAAGUACUGAUCACGAGGCAACUGCAAUGAUGAAGGCUCAGUUCAUGAGUCUCUGGGAUGGACUGGAUACUGACUAUAGCUGUCAGGUGGUUGUAAUGGGAGCCACAAACCGUCCUCAGGACCUGGAUAUUGCAAUUAUGAGGAGAAUGCCCACAAGGUUUCACAUCAAUCAGCCGUCUAUGAGACAGCGAGAGGCAAUCCUUAACCUCAUACUGAGGAACGAGAAUGUGGACCAACGUGUGGAUUUGUUGCAGGUUGCAAACGGUACAGAUGGAUUCUCUGGAAGUGACCUGAAGGAAAUGUGCAGAGAUGCAGCUUUGCUGUGUGUCAGGGAGAGCGUGGUCAAUAACACAGAAGAAAGUCCCGAUGAGGAGAUCCGACCAAUUCGGCAACAAGAUUUAAUGAGGGCCAUUGACAAGAUGAAGAAAUCGAAAAGCGCAACCAACCAGGGGGUUUUGAUGCAUGUUAGUUUGGACUGAGCCUGUUUCAGCUCCUAUCAUCCGAGCCGUCGGCAGCAGGCCUAGAUCAUAGACUUUAUUGGUAACCAGAUUUUAUGAUCGCUAGCCCCCACUUUUGGACCUUAGUAACUUUUCUCUAUUAAGUAAAAAGCCUUGUAGAGAGAAGACGGUAACUCUCUCUAGCAUCACUUGAGCUGCUGAUAUUGUCUUGUACCGGGUGUGCGUCCAUACGUUUACUUUGUACCGUCGUCUGUGUGAAUGAUUUGUAGAACUUUUGGAAAGGGAACCGCUGACUAUAGUGGCGUGCUUCAUAGAUCAUGUGCAGGGUGCUAGAUAUCUGGUGCUGUUCAGUCACACGCCGUGUUUUGGGCUUUUGUAAGAGGCUGAAGCCUACCAGCAUAUCUUCGCACCUGUACAAGAAGUGUUUUAUAAUCCAGGCCUUACAGUACAGGGAGUAACAGCCAUUUUUUAUGGUUAUUUCCACAUGGACUAAUUUAUCCACUUGUUUGGGUCCAAGUUCUACAUAUAUUCCCUACUGACCUUCCAGCUUUACUUGCGACACUGUCAUCAUUGUGCUAUGAUAUACUGCUCUGUCCCAUUUUGAAAUCUAAAGGGUGAAGAAGAAAAGCAUGUGUUUUUAUGUCUCCCCUCCAGAGCUAGUGCAUGUGAAGCGAUAGGCUUUAGGUAAAAGGAUGGGGCCUUGCUGGUUCCACCUGAGCAGGUAGCAUGCUGCAGCAUAAGCCUUCAAAUCCUGCAUUGUCAUUGUCUCUUUCAGGGACGUAUAACCCCUACCAUUUGUGUCCUAUAUGCGCGCACUCAUUCCUUUCACUUGCUGAAAGUCCUGACUUGAUGUGUUUUGUUUUUUUACUUCCUAAUUUGCUAAUGAGUUUUCCCUUUUGAGACCUUACAUUUUAGUUCAUUUACAGAACCCGAAAUGAUAUUGAAUCUUUGCUUUGAUGGACAAAAUCAUAGGUAUUUAUUUACAUGUAGGAAAUGUACAAGUCAAUGGAAAAAUGCCAUUGUGCAGGCGGCGAGAGGGAAUGCAUUUCAUUAGUAUUGUAGGGGUGGCUAAUCUUCAUGAAAACAGCGGAGCCCAGUAUACAGAUUGUAAAGAUUAGCCUAUGCAGUAAAUAUAGUGUGUGACGUGUUCACAUGUAAUGACCUGGAUGCCACUUUAGAAAUCUUUCUACAUACAAGGGUCCAGGUUCCUUUGUGUUUAUGUGCCCAUGGCAUUUAUAAAGCUGACCGUUCUCAUGACCCAUUAACACUGGCCGAUCUGAUUAUUGCAUUUUUGACACAUACAAAAUGACUGUUUUGCUUUUGUGAUUUUCAACAACAGUGAUAUUUUUAACACAGCUUGACCUGGACGUGACCACAGAAUGAAGCGUCUUCUAGAAGAAUUUUCAUUCAGCUUUAACUAUGACAAUCUGCACAUAAGGGUACAGUCUCGCAUGCAUUGUUCAGCACUCCUUUUUAAUGCCCGCUCUGUAACCCACUAACUGCAAGCCCAUUAAAAAGGUUAAAAGCCCCCUUCAUUUUCUAAAGUAAAAAAAUUUCCUCUUGCUGUUCUCUGUGCUGCCGGUAUACAAACUGAUGUCCUCGCUGCAGCCAACCAGCGUCUUCAGCAGUGUACCGCUGAGGACAGUCAUGAGCCGUACACUGAGCACAUCACCCUCGCUGUACCUGCACAGUAGCGUCAAAGGUGUACAGUAUACUGUACCGUAUGCCUUACAUAAAUGUCAGCCUAAGGAGUUUAAUCAUUUUUGAUUAUGAAGACUAUUUUACAUGCCUCCCUGAUCAUCCUUAAAAGGGUUGGCAAAAUCCCCUGCUGGGCAGCCCUGCAAAGGAUAGCAUACUUACCUGCUCUACAGUGUUGGGUCCCGACCUCAGCGGCUUUAUUCUGGUCUUCCACUGUGAACAUCUGCUUUGACACAACUGUGACCCCCUUGCGUCAUGUCAGUUGGUCAAAUGACGCAAGGGGAGCAGAUCACCACUGCUGCAGUGGUGUCGAAGCAGAUGAUGACAGCAGGGGAUCCAAGUAAGGCAGCCGAGACCUGGGAGCGAAGGAGCUGGAACCCAGCACCGGAGAGCGGGUAAGGACGCUUCCCUUUGCAAGGCUGCUCAAAAACUCCCCAAAUGUGGUCAACUCCUAUAAAGUGAAUGUCUACUAUUGAAUACCACUAUAUUUAACUUUAUUGUAUUUUUUUUAAAGUCUAGAUAGGUUUAAAAUUGUGUGCUGAUAAAUUUCUAAGUACAUCAUAGGAGCUCCAUUUCUGGAUCCUGAGUUCCCAAACCCCCUGCCUUGACAGAUGUAAAAGUGUAACCUCAGCUGAAGGUGAAGAUCCAUCUUAAAGCAACUGACAGGCUUCCUCAUUAUGAUCACUGGCUUUUUUUUAAAUAUUAUUAUUUUUUUGUUGGAGGGGGCGCUCUAGAUGUGUGCAGAUUUACCUUUUUGUGAAUAAGAGAUAUAAAAUAAAUGUAUUGAAUAUAUAUGUAGGGGUUGCGCAGCUGGCGUAUACUGAUGACUUCAUAUCAUAAAUAUCUGAUGAAUGGGGCAAGCACUUGUAAUUACACUGCGCCGCUGCUGCAAAAAAGACGGGCACUUGCACAAGCGCCUCCUCCUCUCCAAACAGCUGAUCCAGCCCCCUGAAAUUUAUGGAGCAGCCGGUCAGGCAUGCACAUUGUUGCUCCAUUCAUUUCUUUGGGAGUUUCGGACAUACAGCGCUCUGCUAUCUCCGGAAUUCCCAUAGAAAUCAAUAGACCAGCUGCACGCAUGACUGAACAGCCACGCUGUUCAUUUCAGGGGGUACGGGGCCCCCGUUCUUGUGAACGAUAGGGGGUCCCAGCGGUAGAACCCAAUCUGAAAGUUAGUGGAUAACCUAAUCGAUCUAGAAUGCCCCUUUAAGUAUAUAUUAUGUCUUCAUGGCGUGCAUGUAUUGUUUGUCCGACCAGUUCAUUGCGUGAGUGAUCUAUCUUAGCUAGUGUGAAGGAUUUUCCUUUUUUUUGUUUUCUAAUCUUCCACCCUGAAUGUAUCACUGAUGCUUGUACAUUAAAACAUGUUAUGUGGA